ACAGUUGGAAAGAUGGCGGCCGGUUCAGGGGCUGCGAGUGGCCAUGGAUCCCGCAGCUCCACCGCUGCUCUGGAAGCGUCUUUGGACAGGCGUUUUCAAGGAGUUUCCAACACUAUGGAGUCAAUACAAGGACUUUCAGCAUGGUGCAUUGAAAACAAGAAACACCACAGCCUUAUCGUCCGCCAUUGGAUGAAGUGGCUCAAAAAAUCUGAUAACAAUCACCGCUUGAAUCUUUUCUACCUUGCCAACGACGUGAUACAAAACUGCAAAAGAAAGAAUGCCAUUGUCUUUCGUUCAGCCUUCUCAGAGGUUCUUCCUAAUGCUGCUCAGCUCAUUAAAGAUGGGAAGGUUCGCAAGUCGGUGGAAAGGAUCUUUUCCAUUUGGGAAGAGAGAAGCGUGUAUCCCGAAGAAGUCAUUGGCCAGUUCAAAGCCAGCUUGAAUAAAAAGGAAAAGGAGCGAGAGAAGCCAAAGGAAAAAGAAAAGGAAAAGGAGGCUACACCUGCAAAUGGUCUCUGUCAAAGAAAACACGGGGUCAGCAACGGAUCCAAAAGUCUUUUAGGGGUCCUAAAACACAGAGCCCCUGCUAAUUCCAAAGCUGCCCUGAAGUCCAAGAUUGUGGCAGAGUUCACGCCCCACUCCCUCGUUGAACAGUUGUUAAAAUAUAGGCAAUCUGUUGCUGAAGAAGAGUUGCAGGAAAAGCAGCUGUCAGCUCUCCGGGUGGAUGUCUGCAGUACGGAGGCCCUCAAGAGACUUAAAGAUAAGGCAGGGGGGAAUAAGUUCGCCAAGGACUUUGAGGAUGGCAGCCUGAAGCUGCAGGAGUUUGUCAGCUUCCUGGAGAAAGAGUUGAAAGCAGGACCACCUCUGCUGGAAGCUCUGGGAAAUGCAGACAUUUUCUACGAGAUGCAGUACAAGGAAGUUAAGAUUGUGGCCAAUGCUUACAACGCUUUUGCUAACCGUGUGGCCAGUCUUAAAAGGAAAUUGGAUUCACUCAAGUCAACUCUACCUGGACCUGAGGACUCUCCCAUCCCCUCACCAUCUGAAGAUGCCCCUUCCCCCACUGGCUCUGACUCACCCUUUAUGGCAAUGGGGGCUAGCAGGGCCCAGGUGGAUCCAGAUCUGGAUGGAAAGGCCAUGGAUGAAGGAGAAAUGCAGAGUGAUAACAGAGACACGGAGGACAUGGAUAUGUCUGACGAAGAAACCGAUGCUGCAGCAGCAGGGGAGGGUAAGAAAGACAAACCAGCUGCUGCUGUUUCCAAGGCUACAAAGUCAGAUGUGCCGUCAAAGCUUCCAAAUACAUCUGUAAAGGUCUCUAAGACCAGUGCUUCUGCUACUGCCACAACCACUCCAGUGACUCCCACAUCUGCUACUCCUACAAGUACCCCAACUACCCCUCUGGGAGUCAAUCUGGCAAAGGUGGACCUAGGAAAGAUAACUUCCAUUCUCAGCUCACUCACAUCUGCCAUGAAGAAUACAGCAAGUCCAUCACCUCGUCCAUCUCCUGGGACACCUACCACCCCAUCUGGCCAAUCAGCAGCCUCCAAAGGCACCCCUCCAAGCCCUGCCUUGGCCAGUAUCCUGUCACGUGUUGAAAUCACACCUGAAGGGAUACUUAAUGCUCUGUCUAAAACCAACACAACAGGUUUGUCCUCUCUUCUGCAUAGUGUGACUAACACCGCCUCUGCUACACGAACCUCCCCAGAAUCAGCACCUUCUAAAGCUCCGCACCCCACCACCCCGACCACCCCAAAAACAAAAACUACUCUGGGGAACAGCCUCAAGCGAGACACACCUGGAAGAACCAGAGAUUGGGAGAAAGAGAGACAGCUGUCCCCUCCUCCUCCCCCCCCUCCUCGCCCCUCAGCUCCUUCUGUCUCUCCCCCCAGCUUAGAGUCCAAAAUCAACAGUUUCUUGCAGGGUAAUCCGGGUUUUAGUCUUGCUCUUGGUGAUGUUAGUCCUGAUGGGGUGGACGGGACCCCAGUGAGAGACGAGGCAGCUGGCACCCCAACCCAGGAUGAGAUUAUGGACACACCUGGGAGUGUGCCAGAAUCUCUGGGCUCAUCUGGAGGUCAUAACCUCUCACCCACAGCCUACCGCAGUGAACCGUGGGAUGCAGCAAUCACCCCGUCAGGAAGUGGCAACGAUGGAGACUUCCUACCCUCUUCUUCACGGUAUGGUGCUGGAAAAAAGAGCAGCACAAAAUUAAAAGAUGAUGACGUGAUUCAUAUGAGGAAGCAGGUCUCCUCUUCUCCUAUUAAUGACAUGAAAGGUAAGAAGGAUGAACAACAAAGUCAGUUGAGGGUGAUGGGAAACAACAGAGCAAUGGGAGAGAGGAGACCCUCUGCCGGCUCUCGUAAGGCAAGCACUGGCUCAGAUGAAGGAGGUCAGAGUGGAAAAAAAGAGGACAAGGUAAAAGGUCAAGAGUCUCAAGGUGGAAAUGGAAAGGAGGGCCAGUAUCAUCGUAUUGAGACACUUGUGUCACCCUGCACUGAAGGGGCACCCAUUCAAACUCUAGGCUACUCUAAUCGACCCCUCACUGGAGAGCGUAUCAAGACAGUUGAGAGCAUCCGCGUGAUUGGUCGAGGCUCUCGAAGAGGAGGAGGAGCUGGAAGUCGACCAGGAGGAGUGAUGUGGUAUGAAGAGGAAGGAUACCUGGGAGCUCAGUCUCCCUCACCACAAGUUAUCCCCCCUCCUCUUAACAUUGGCCCAGGGGGCACCGAGGACAUGACCUCUUCUAUGCCUCCUCCUCCCCCACAUCUUCUAAUGCCCCCACAUCUUCACCCUCCUCCACCCCUUCCUCACCCACAUCCCACUCCUCAGACUCAGUUUCAAUUGCCUUAUCACACAGAGAACAUGCAGACUCCUCUUCCAUCACAUCUCCAUCAGGUUCCUCCUCCUACAUCUCCAUUCUUCAGCACACCUCCAGCAAUCCCUAGACCCCCUCCACCUCCUCUACCACCACGCCAUUCCCCUCCACCUACUCACCCUGCUGUACCCAGUGCAGUCAUGGUAGGUGGGGUGAUGGUCCCUGCUGACCGACCUCUACCACUUCCUCCCUCAGUGAGAACUGACGGUACAGAGAGAAGUGGAAUAGGGCCAAGAGGAGGCAAAGUGGCCCCCCCACCCCUCAUGUCAUCGUUGCUAGGCGAGCCCCCUAAGCCUUCCCGCCCCGGCACAGUCAAAGAGCCCUUUGUCCUCUGCCAUGCACCCCCCCUCCACCGUCCAGGUACCCCUGGUGUUCCUCCACCUUUAUUGGGAAGAGUUAAGGAGCCUCUGAAUCUACCUCUUCCAUCCCCCUCUCCCACAUCGUCUGCAACCUCCCCCUCCACACCUAAUUCCCCGGCAGUUGACACCGCUCCUUCUCGUUCACUUACUCAGUCCACUGCCCUUCCUCUCCAGAAACCUCCUGCUAGUCCUCCAGCUCAGCCCCGCAACCAAACCCCUAACCCGGUUCCUCUCCUCACCUUGCCUAGUCCUCGGCCCCCAAUCCUGUCUGUUCCCAUCCCACAGAGACCUCUGUUGCGAGGCCGAAACCCUUCUCAGCAGCAUAAUCAAGAUCUCCCCUUUCGUGGGGGCAAGCGUGCCGGCCCUCCAUUCACAGGUGGCCCCUUGCAUCCACAGAAGAGGCCUUUCCUACCCCCACGCUACUGAAGUGGUUAUCUGUGACAAGCUGAAUGAGAAGUGCAAGCCACACAUCUAGCAGUGCAGUGUGUGUUAGCCCUGCUGGUAUGAGCCCAGAUAUCUUUACUCUGUUAAUUAGCUUGAAUUAAAACUACUUUAGGUUGUGUGUAAAUAGCUGAUUUAAAUCGUCAUGCUUCAGCCAGGUAGCCAGUCAUCUUACACUGUACAGUAAAGCUAAGAGGUUAUCAGUUUCAUAGUUCAGAUUGUUGUGUAACAACCCGUAAUCUUUUUUUUUUUUUCUCUUUUCAACAAUUCUCCAUAAACAGUUAAGUUUCAUUCGCUCUGUUGCAGGAGUUGCGUAACUGUAAGAAGAAAACACAAAAUAGUUGAAGCAGAAAUUAAACUAUACUACAUUUCAGCCCUUUCAGACAUGCUGUACAUAACAUUGCUGGCUUCAUUGGUCUGUUAAAGUGAGUGGCAUUCUGUCAUUCAGAAAUGGGUCACCUUUAUUUAUGUUGACGUUCUUCACAGCUUCAUUCAUACAUAACCAUGAGCCACAGUACAUGUGAGAUUUGCCAUACUAUGUUUCUAGUAAAGUCUGUCUACAGACUUGUGAAGAUUAGUUAUUUUAGCCCUUUUUCCCUAAGAGCAAGGUCACUAUGCAUGUCCAUGUCUCUGCUGCAGCGAGUGAUAGCUACCCCUGCCCCUCCCACACAGGUUCUGCUUAGAAACUGAGUUAAUCAGAUAAAAUUUCAUGUCCAUGUUGUUCUAUGGGGAGAUUGCACAGUGGUAAUCUUCACAGUGUACAAUUUGGACUUUUCCAGAAAAAUGACCAGGAUGUUUAUUUAGACAUGAAGCCAACAAGUUUUAAGACUGAGAUUACUGGAAAGGAGAGCAUGUCUGAAAGGGGCUUCAGAGUUUUCCCUGUGUGAUUUUUGGGUUACUUUACCUAAGAAGGAGAGUGAGAUGCUGAAAAAAAGGUAUGGGUCUCAUGGGAUACUGAGAAGAAACACAGUAGUAGUUUGGCUUUUUGGGAAAUACUUUCACUGGCUUUUUGUAAAAAGGAAGAAUAGUAUCACUCAUGUCGGCAUGCUGUAGAUGAAGCUUAACGUAAAAACUAAAUGCGUGGAAAGCCAGACUUAUAUCUGAAGGUUAAAAAAACAUUUGUUUCAUCCAUACAAAACAGAUGUUUUACAGGGGAUAAUGAGCAUGCAGUGACUUCUGAGGAAAAAGCAGCAGCACAACGGCAAGAAGUCGCAAUUUUCCAAAAGUUCAGUUUUGCGCAUGCUUCCCGUCUUUAUACUCCUGUUUCUGCAUCAUAUUUAACAGAUAAAUAAGAAUUACUGCAUUUCCCAAAAAUGUCAAACUUGAAAAUGUCUGAAGUCAUGACAGUAAGCUCCAAAGUAAUCUCUUCUUCCACGAGAGUGUGUGUGUGUGUAUGUGUGCGUGUGGGUGUUCGGUGUUUGAUUUGAAGUGAUUUGUGUUUCAGGUGAGGUUAACACUUCUUUCCAGAGUACCUGCUGUAAAUAAUAUUCUUCUGCUGCUCAACCUUUUUCCACCCUUCUGUUGCUCUCACUGUAUAUUUCUAAGCUUGUAAAUAUAAAGACUGAGUUGACACAGCUUCCCUCCCCCUCUUUUUAAGCUCUUAAUUCUGUACAUGAGGACAGUGAUCGUUGCUCACGCACCCCGUCUUUACUGUGAUUGAGGCCUUGGAUAAGCUUUAGACCUGAAGAUUUUCUCUGCAGUAUCUAUCAUAUGUUUCUGUCCUCCUUUGUGAAACCACCGCACAGAAGAGGAGGGUGAAGAUAAUUAUGCCUUUUUAUUUUCGAUAUAUAAAUGUCUGCCUGUGCGCGCUUGACGUUAGACUGAGUCAUGAAGAUACUCAGUGGUGGAUGAUGGGUUGGGAGGGAGUAUUACACUUUGAACUACACUCUUGCUAGGCUUCAACAUGUACUCUUGAAUAAAAUCCAGAGUUUCAAUUCAACUGGGAAGGGGAGGUAUUUUAUUUGGUCACUAUCACUUGCGCUGUUUAUUUUACUUUUAAGAUUGUUCUCAUGUAUUUGCACAGCUACCAUUACAUUAACAUUCAAUGCCUUUAUUUUUCAGCUGUGUCCUCCUGCUAGGUAGAAUUUGUGCUUUUUUUGUUUGUAGGAACCCACAGAUGGUGUUUAUUAGUAAUUAGGAUUGCUUGUAAAAGUAGUUAAUUUGAAUUCUCCAAUUGUUUUGGCCCCUUUCGCUAUGUUGCUAAUUUCAUGCUUCCGCCUUCAAGCGUCUGUGCUUACCUUGUGCUCACAUGAGCUUCACCCAAAAACACUUCUGCACCUCUCAUCACUUCUAAGAGGUAAAAACAGGUCAGCACAGUGGCCUUAAUUCUCCUUCAUCCAGGAAUUGUUGCCAUAAUGCUGCCCUCUUAUACAUUGAGUAGUAGUUUACCUCUACAGUGAGAGUUGCAGGCUGGGUGUUGCUGUCAAAGUCUCACAUUUCAUGUGUUUGAUUAGAGUGUGAGUGUGUGUGUGUGUGUGUGUGUGUGUGUGUGUGUGUUGAAAUUACAUUUUCAUUAUGCAUAAAGCCUCUGAAUACAUUGUAACAAAUGUAACGGCAAACCAUAUUUGUCACUACAGUGUUCACACACCAUUAGAAUUCUAGUGUUGUCCUGAAUGUUAUACAUCUGUUACCACCCUCUGUAAAUUGUUAUCUCCACAGUCACACGUAGGAGCAGCUAAUAAUCAGUUUACAGAGUUCACAUUGCACACAGAAUAAUUGUAUAUCUUCAAGAGUGUCCUCCCAAGUUCAACCUCUCUUCUCUUCCUCUUGACCUUAAGAAAACUUGGUUUGACCAAUUGAAAAUGACUGAAGAUGUGACAAAGCUGACAGCCUGUGUGUGUGUGUAUAUAUACAAGUUAAAUUGCUUUCACUGCUGUUCUUAUCAAUGAUGCUAUAUCACUGGUCUUUGAGUGUCCAAUCUUUUUUGGUGUGAUGAACAUGCACACAUUCUGCAGCAGUUAUUGUCACAGUGAAUAUAUGCAUACUUAAGUGGAAAUACAUCUUUACUUUUUAAUGAUCACAACCAUAAAUAGAACAUUUUAGUGCUUUCAUAAAAUGAUUUUAAUCUGGUUUUCCUCACAUAUUGGCAAAACUUUAA